UGAAGCAUUUAUUUAGUUCUUCUCCAAACGUGGUGGAGUAGAUUAUAAUAAUUUUCAAAGAGUUUAUUUAGUUGAAGAGCGUUUUAUUGUUAAUUGCUUAACUGUUGUUAUUUUGCAACAAAAAAGCAGCCUAAUUAAAUGUGUGUCAUAAUGUAAAUUAAUUUUAGAAAUGCGCUCUCGUCUGUACUGAAAUUCAACUCCUGAUGCACGCACUUUCCUAGACUCAGAGUUCAACAGUACAAGACGUUUAAACUGACCUCAUCGCUCCACUGAGCCUCCGGCAUCCACAAGCUAUGGCUUGCCAAUGCCUCCUCCCGAAGUCCGUCCUUUACAAUUCUUUUGCCUUAACUCUCACUAUCCUCCUCUCCUGCUCCUGCCUGGCUCUAGGCAAGAAGAAGCUCUACAUCGGAGCUCUCUUCCCUAUGAGUGGAGGCUGGCCCGGUGGACAGGCCUGCCUCCCUGCGGCUCAGAUGGCUCUGGACCUGGUAAAUAGUAGGACCGACAUACUGCCGGACCACGAGCUGGAGCUGAUACACUACGACAGUAUGUGUGAUCCAGGGGAGGCCACCAAGCUGCUGUAUGAUCUUCUGUACACAGAGCCCAUUAAAAUUGUGCUGAUGCCAGGCUGCAGCUCUGUGUCCACACUUGUGGCCGAGGCUGCUCGCAUGUGGAACCUCAUAGUGUUGUCAUAUGGCUCAAGCUCUCCAGCUCUGUCUAACCGCCAACGGUUUCCCACCUUCUUCCGUACUCAUCCGUCUGCCACACUGCACAACCCCACUCGAGUCCAGCUCUUCCAAAAGUGGAAAUGGACCAAGAUUGCCACCAUUCAGCAAACAACAGAAGUGUUUACAUCAACAUUGGAUGAUCUGGAGGAGAGGGUGAAGGAAGCAGGGAUUGAAAUCAGUGUUCGGCAGAGUUUCCUCACCGAUCCUGCUGUGGCUGUCAAAAACCUUAAGCGCCAAGAUGCCAGAAUUAUUGUUGGCCUGUUUUAUGAGACGGAGGCGAGGAAGGUCUUUUGUGAGGUUUACAAGGAGAAGCUGUAUGGGAAAAAGUAUGUGUGGUUCCUCAUCGGCUGGUACGCAGACAACUGGUUUAAGAUCAAGGACCCAUCCAUUAAUUGUACCAUGGAGCAGAUGACAGAGGCUGUUGAGGGUCAUGUGACGACUGAGAUUGUCAUGCUGAACCCAGAGACAGUGCGAGGAGCCUCCAACCUGACUUCUCAGGAGUUUCUUGGCCAACUGAUGUCUAAACUCGGGGGUAAAAAUCCAGAGGAGACAGGUGGUUUCCAGGAGGCUCCACUGGCUUAUGACGCUGUGUGGGCUUUAGCCCUGGCUCUCAAUAAAACUGUUGGUCCUUUAAAGGUCAAGGGUCACCAACUACAAGAUUUCAACUACAACAAUCGAGAAAUUACUGCUGAGAUCUACCGAGCCCUGAAUACAAGCUCCUUUGAAGGAAUUUCAGGCCAUGUUGUAUUUGAUGCUCAAGGCUCUCGAAUGGCCUGGACUCUUAUUGAACAGCUUCAAGGGGGAAGCUAUAAGAAGAUUGGUUACUACGACAGCACGAAAGGCAAUCUGUCCUGGUAUGGAAAUGACAAGUGGAUCGGUCCAGGACCCCCUGCUGACCAGACAGUGGUCAUUGAGGAGUUUCGAUACCUGUCCCAGAAGCUCUUUGUUUCUGUGUCUAUCUUUGCUGGCUUGGGAAUCCUUCUGGGAAUCGUUUGCCUCACCUUUAACAUCUACAACAGCAAUGUGAGGUACAUUCAGAACUCUCAGCCCUACCUUAACAAUCUGACGACAGUGGGUUGUGUAAUGGCUCUGGCUGCUGUUUUCCCUCUGGGCAUCGAUGGUCUUCAUGUCCAUAGGAGGCAGUUCCCGGUUGUUUGCCAGUUUCGUCUGUGGCUGCUUGGUCUGGGUUUCAGCCUUGCAUAUGACAGCAUGUUCACCAAAAUCUGGUGGGUCCACACCGUCUUCACCAAGAAGGAUGAGAAAAAGGAUAAGAGAAAGCACCUAGAACCAUGGAAACUCUACACUACUGUUGGAAUACUUCUCGGCAUCGACAUCCUGUCUCUCUUGAUCUGGCAGAUUGUGGAUCCUUUGCAUAUCACAGUGGAGAAAUUCAGAAGAGAAGCCCCCAAAGGAGACCUGGAUGUUUUGAUCCAGCCUUUACUGGAGCAUUGCAGCUCAAAAAAAAUGAACACCUGGCUGGGUGUGGUAUAUGGUUAUAAAGGCUUACUGCUGCUGCUAGGCAUCUUCCUGGCCUAUGAGACCAAGUCCAUCUCUACAGAGAAGAUCAAUGACCACCGAGCUGUGGGCAUGGCAAUCUACAAUGUUGCAGUGCUGUGUUUGAUCACAGCUCCGGUCACCAUGAUCCUUUCCUCUCAACAGGAUGCCUCCUUUGCCUUUGCCUCCUUGGCCAUUGUUUUCUCAGUCUACAUCACCCUGGUGGUUCUUUUCAUCCCCAAGAUGCGACGUCUGAUCACAAGGGGUGAGUGGCAGUCAGAUUCCCAGGACACCAUGCGAACUGGAUCGUCCACCAAUAACAACGAUGAGGAGAAAUCCAGACAGCUGGAGAGAGAGAACAAAGAGCUACAGAAGAUCAUCCAGGAGAAAGAAGAGCGUGUGUCUGAGCUGAGGAACCAGCUGUCUGAGCGACAAGCCCUGCAAUCCAGGAGAAGGGCAUCAACUGUCAUCAAUCAGAACCACAGCUCUCCUCACCUCACCAUCCACCAGAUUGACCCUAGGUCGCUUGCUCCUCCUCCAGGGUAUCCCGUCCCCGCCUUUGACCCCCACCCCAUCUCUCAAUCCUUUACCAACUCAUCCAGCCUCUACCAGCCAGACAGCAAGAUCAGUCGAAAUAACUGCCACACCAGCCGGCUGCAGCUGCUUUACAAGUGAGAGGUUGGAUGAUAGCCAGUAGAAAGGUUAAUAUCAAAAAACAUUUCCAGUGAGGAUUUACAUUUCUGCUUGAUUUACUCUUUCUAAGCUGUCAUUGCAUUAUUUUUCUUUUCUCUCAGAGAAGAUAAAAUGUACAUGCAACUUUUUAAUUAUACAAAUAUCUUGAGUAACCAGACACAACAAAACAAAACAAUCUAGAUGGAUAAAUAGCCCUACAGGUAUGAGAAAAUAUGUGUUUUUUGAU